GCGCCCGCCUUUCCGCAGUCGCGCGGAAUGGAGCGGCCCUCGGCGGGCGGAGCGCUGGGGUCAAGGGGCGGUGCUGACCUCCCGCCCACAGCACCGCCAUGGCGGCCUGCGCCUUUCGGAGGAGCAUCGCCAGCCAGCUCUCUAAAGUUUUGGAUUUGCCACCGGAGAACUUAAUAAAGUCCAUCUCUGCGGUUCCUGUCUCCAAAAAACGGCACGUUGCUGAUUUCCAGCUUUCUGUUGCUUCCAUAGAAGAAGGCAGUUCUAGUGAUUGCUUAGUACAAGAUCUUCAGCUUCGUGCUCAGAAGCUAGCUGAAAAGCAUAAAGAGGCUCUGACUCAAGCCUUAGGCACGGGAAGGUCUGAUUACUGGAGAACUACGCAGUGCUUCGAGGAAAGGCUAAAGUUAUGGAAAAGCCAACUAAAAUGUGAUGCUGUAGUGAGUGAAAUCAGCACUGGUCCAGGAACAGUGAACUUUACUAUAAACAGGGAAUUGCUAGCAAAGACUGUUCUGCAGCAGGUGCUGAAAGAUGGCACAGAAUAUGGAACAAAAAGUGAGCUUUUCUCUACAGUGCCUAAACAAAGGGCAGUGAUUGAGUUCAGCUCCCCUAAUAUUGCCAAAAAGUUUCACAUAGGACACUUGCGUUCCACAAUCAUAGGGAAUUUUAUAGCAAAUCUCAAAGUUGCACUGGGACAUGAAGUAACAAGAAUAAAUUACCUUGGUGACUGGGGCAUGCAGUUCGGCUUACUAGGUGUUGGUUUCCAACAGUUUGGAGACAAAGAAAAGCUGAAAUCCCGUCCUUUACAACACCUUUUUGAGGUGUAUGUGCAGAUUAACAGAGCAGCAGCAGAUGAAAACACAAAAAGGCUGGCCAAGGAUUUCUUUAGAAAACUGGAGGAACAUGAUGAGCAGGCAUUGUCACUUUGGAAAGAAUUUAGAGGCUUCAGUAUUAAAGAAUACACCCAAGUUUAUAAGCGCCUAGGAGUGCACUUUGAUGAGUAUUCUGGAGAAUCAUUUUAUCGAGAGAAAUCCCGAGAAGUUCUAAAGAUGUUGGAGGAUAAAGGACUCCUUCAGAAAACAACAAAAGGGACCGGAGUUGUGGAUCUUUCAGAAAAGAAAGACCUCUCAUCGUUUUCCACGGUCAUUCGUAGUGAUGGGACAUCUCUUUAUAUAACAAGAGAUCUCGCUGCUGCUAUAGACCGAAUGAAUAAGUAUAAGUGGGAUACUAUGAUUUAUGUGACAGACAGAAACCAAAGUAGUCACUUCCAACAUUUGUUCCAAAUAUUGAAGCUCAUGGGUUAUGACUGGGCAGAAAGGUGCCAGCACGUGUCUUUUGGGCUGGUCCAAGGGAUGAAGACUCGGAAAGGAGAAGUUAUUUUCCUGGAAGAUGUUUUAGAUGAAGUUCGCUCGAGGAUGUUAGAAAACAUGGCUUCUGCAAAAACAACCAAAGAGGUGGAAGACCCUGUGGACACGGCGGAGAAGGUCGGUCUUGCAGCACUAAUAGUUCAGGACUUCCGAGGCCUCCUCUCAUCUGAUUAUCAAUUUAGCUGGGAUCGAGCUCUUCAAAGUCGUGGAGAUACAGGAGUGUUCUUACAGUACACCCAUGCCAGACUCCACAGUUUAGAACAGAUGCAUGGGAAUGAGCCAGUAACUGACAUUAAUGUGGCAUGCUUGCAAGAGCCAGACGCAAUCUCUGUUCUUCAGCAUCUUCUCAGAUUCAUGCAUGGCUGCCCAUCACACGUGUAACAAGUGCCAGGGUGCCCUUGCUGACAUGAGCAACCAGCCCUCAUCAGAGCUUGCUCUGCAGUUCCCCCUCAGCUUAAAGGAAGAAGAUCUCAGGGAAGUGGCGUGGGCAUGAUGGUGGGGGUGGGCUUGGUAGCUGAGCACAAAGUGGGAAGUCUGCUGCCCACUUUGAAAUCUGUUCAGCCUCAGAGGCAUGGGUAACUUCAUACAGCUUGCGAAAAAGAGACUGUACGCAAGUAGACAGCAGAACAUUUGAAAUAAAACCGUGGGUCUCCAUCAGUCUGCCUGUAUUUUCCAGUUGAAUACUGUCUUACAUAAGUUUAUUUUCUUUCCAUGAUUAUGUAAACGCGAUUUGUUUUUGUCUUUUCUAAUGCAGCAAAAUUCCCUUUAGCUACUUAGAAUUUUAAGUUGCAUUUAUUAAAGGCAGCAUCUAAGGGACUAUUUUGACUGCCUUGGUUAUUUAAUACAUGUUUUUUGCUGCUAGGAACUUGCAAUUACUGUUGAAAUGUAAAACCAGACAUAAUGUUCCAGGGGCAAAUAUAGCUUUUGUGUUCUCUUUGCUAUAGUGUUCUUCUCUGAGCUCUGCAAUCUACAGUGUUUGUUUGCAUGAUGAGCAGAAGCAACCUCUCUCCAGCAAGGAGUGAGUGAGGAAGAAAUAAACAAUUGUGUGCUAAUUACAGGGCUUACGUCUGUUUCAGAAGACGAUUCCUGUUAAUUCUGUGUUUGUUCUGAUUUAAGCACAUCUGAUGGGCCUGAUAUCCCAGUACACUUUCCUACCACUUUAACACCAAGCACUUGUUUUCUUUCU